CGGGACCAGAAGAGGAUGUAGGUUUCUCAUCGCCAGCAGCAGCUUUUAGCGGGUCAAGUGAGCCAAGGCCAAGCUGUUCCAUCGUGCCAGAAGAAGCAGCUUUGACAGAGGAGGAUACAGGUUGUCAGAUAUCGGAGGAUACGACCCUGAGCACAAGCCAGGCCGGACAAGCUAUCCCCGGGCGUGGAGGAAGAGGAGCAGGGCGAGGCUAGAAUCGUGGCGGCUGUGGAAGUGGGACAGAUGGCCUUUUUACCUAUCCAACUGACAGGACAUUAUGCAACAAAUGUGGAUGCAAAAGAUUGAAGAUGGACGAGGCAGAGAAGUACCAACAGAGACUGCAGGCGAUCACUGAGAAGCGUCGUCUGCAGGAGGAACAGGAGAGGGCCAAGAGGGAGAUGGAGGAGGAGCGGCUGAGGCUACAGCAGCUCAAGAGGAAGUCUCUUAGAGACCAGUGGCUGAUGGACGGCCCCUCUUCCCCCACAUCCUCAGAGCCUCGUUCCCCGCUGUGGGGCUCCCAGGCCCAGGAGAUGGAGCAACACAUAGACAAGUUGCAGACAGAGAGUCAACGGUUAACGGAGGAGGAGGAGAAACUGGAGCAGCAGAUGGAAGAUGGCCGAGCUAAUGCAGCGGUGGCGGUGGUGGAGGCUACAGCAGAAGCAGACCAAGCAGUUAUCUUGGAGAAUGGACAGGAAGAAGUAGAGGCUGAAUCCGCUCUCCUCUGCUUCCUGUCUUCGAGCCAAUCAGCUCCUGCUGCUGCUCUAGGCUGUGAGGACCUCCUUAAGCCCAUGGAUCCACAACGACUAGACCAGCAGCUCUUGGGAAGAUGGGCCCUCGUCGUAGACAGUGUGAGCCACCCCUGGUAUUACUCAACCAAAUUAGCUCUCAAGAGAGAAGACAGUCACCAUGGAGUUUACAUCUGCUACCAACACCAGAACCGGAACCGGCAUGGCGGCUGGUGCAAGUAG